GUCAAGUUAUUCAUUAGCCUACAGUACUGUACUUAUCAGUCUCAGUGAACUGGACUAUUCUCCUUAAAUUAUUUAAAAAGUUGGAAAGAUGUUCCAUCAAAGAGUAAUACUUUUGCAAACGAGCUAGCUGGAUAUUUUAGUAACAUUUGGUCAUGAACAUUUGGUCAUGAUUUUCAUGUCGUAGGCCAAUGCUACACCGAGCACACGCCGUUAGAUGGCAGUCACUUACCUCUUUUCUAACCGCGUUGGUAGGGACUGGUUGCCAUGGAUAACAGACCUUUCAGAAGUUAAGAAGUAUGAACAAUGGUUUCGUGAAACUUUUAAACUUUUCAUGACUUUGAAAGACAUGGAUAAUUUAGUCGUUUUUACGGUCAGUAAGGUAUUUUUCAAUACCAAAAAUAAAUCGCUGUGUUAAAAUGUUCCGUUGGAGAAGUUAGCUUUUUUUUGUCGCCCUCGGCUUUCUCUUGACGGACAAUGACUGCAUUACCAAACCAUGUGGUAAAGUCUCUGAAAGAUCUCAAGAAAGUGGACUACAGCAAGUGGGAGCGUCGCAGCAAGGACAGGGAUGCCCCAAAAGACCAGAGAGAUGCUGCGUGGGAGGUCUUGCACCCCCGCCCCCACAUCACCAAACCCCGUCAGAAAAAAGUCAUUGAGGGCAAACCCAGCCAGAAGACUCGACCCGCCACAGGCUUCAAGGAGUCGAAGACCCUGCCCUCCGGUCAGUCUUGGCGCCGGAGGAGUGACGCUGUAGACCAGCUCGACCCAGCCUCUUUGAGGAGGAAAGACAAUAUCAAAACCCUCAAGAUGUUGAUCUGUGCUCGUCAGAGGGCUAUCGAGGAGUUGGAGAAACACUGCUCCACCCUGCAGCUCAGCAAUGCCCUCGCAGCAUCACACAUACGGGACAUCGACAGCCAAUCAGUAACCAGCGCACAAGACCUGCUGAUCCGCUACGAGAAACUUGGGAGUUCCAUAGCUGCGUUUAACGGCUGGAGCCACAGUCAGAUCAGCCAGGCACAGGGUGAGCUGAGGGAGGUGGAGAACCAUGGCAACACACUCGUACAAGGUCUCCAGAAUCAGCUGACAGGAGUGAAGAGCAAGCUGCUGAGGGCCCAGGCAGAGCUGCACACUCUGAAGACAUACAAGGACAAGGAGUACCCAGUGAAGGCUCUGCUCAUCGCCGACAUGAAGAGAGAGAUCAUCAAGCUCAAGGACGCCCAGCAGGACGAACAGGAAGACGUGAGUGUGCUGUGUCAGACAGAGAUGCUGAACCUGCAGAGACAAACCAAACGCAGCGAGGACGAGGUGCUGAGAGCUGUAGCCAAGAAGCGCAUGCUUAAUGUCCCCUCUGUGGUCAAAGUGAUGGCCACUCACAACUCCACCAUGAAGAAAGAGUUAGAAAUACACAAACAGGAGAUAGCCCUGCUGGAGAGCUCCACCUCCAGCCUGCUCCAGAGUGUCCAGGAGCUGCAGAACUCCCCCUCCAGCAGGCGGCUCCUCUUCCCACACCUCUUCCCAUCAGCAGACAGGUGCCUCCCAGACACGGACGUGUCUCUUAACAUUCCCCAGGAGAAGUGGCUUCCCAUUUAGACGUAUGAACAGGGGACAGGCGUGUGUUGCUAGGAAACUGGCAUGUGCUGUGAACAGGACACUCGGUCGUGUGUCUGACCUGGGAACUGGUGUGUCAUGACCACCUGACCACUCUCACCUACUCUCUCACUAAUUAUUCAAUAAAUAAUCAUACUUUUUGACACA